GACGAGGAUUUGCAUUUCGGAGAAAACAAAAAAUUGAAAGACAAUACAGGAAAUUGCUGAAAAAGAGAAGAAAUGUCCAUUCACAACAGGAUAAUCAGUUUACUGAUACUUAUCCAGAGCACUUGAAACAUCUUUACCUAGCCGAGGAAGAAAUGCUGAAGAAACGGCGCAGGACUCCAGAUGAUUCAGUUUUAUCAGCAGAAAAACUUAAUAAAGCAGUAGAGUCAGUUAUGACUGAAGGGAAGUGUAAAAAGAAAACGUCCAACCAGAAGGCAAAAGAAGAGUAUGAGAAAAUAAAGGCUGAGCAUGCUAGAAAGAAAGAGGAAGCAGAAAAAAGAAAACAACAAAGAGAAGCAGCUCAACGGUUGUACAAGCAAAAGAAAAUGGAAGCUUAUAAAAUACUGAGUAAGAAGACGAAAAGAGGGCAGCCAAAUCUAAACUUACAAAUGGAGCUGCUUCUUCAGAAAUUACAGAAAAAUACAUAAAUCUCUGCAUUUUGAGUUAUCUGUGGACAUUUUAUUAAAUUACUUUUAAUAAAUAAUGUCAUUUUGCUUCUACAUGACUUUUGUCAUUGGCUUGAUUUAUCUCAUCAAUCCAAUAUGUAAGAUACUCAUCCUGAAAAUAUGUAUUCUGUGCUGAGAAUGAGAGAGGUCUGGUACCUUGAAAAUAAAUGGUCUGUAUUUCUAAACUUAAA